UCCCAUCAUGCAACGCUCUGAUUGCACCGCCCUUGCUGGGGCGCCCCGUGGCCCGCGUCAGUGUUGCGCAGAUUCGGUUUGAACCGAAAGCGGAGUGUGACCUUCCCUGGCGGCGGAGACCGGCAGGAGACCGAGCGAGCGGACCCAUGUCAGCACUCCCGUCCACGACCCUCGCCACGGAGAUGAACAGCAACUUAGCUGGAGAUGAAAUCGGGAAGCUGUUUGUGGGUGGACUGGAUUGGAGCACCACCCAGGAGACUUUGCGAAACUACUUUUCUCAGUAUGGAGAGGUUGUGGAUUGUGUCAUCAUGAAAGAUAAAAGCACAAAUCAGUCCAGGGGUUUUGGCUUUGUGAAGUUUAAAGACCCCAACUGCGUACGGACUGUCCUGGACACCAAACCUCAUAACCUGGAUGGAAGAAAUAUCGACCCAAAGCCUUGUACACCUAGAGGUAUGCAGCCUGAGAAGACUCGGGCAAAAGACGGCUGGAAAGGAAGCAAAAGUGACAGCAAUAAAUCUAAGAAGAUAUUUGUGGGUGGAAUUCCUCAUAACUGCGGCGAAGCUGAACUCAGGGAUUAUUUCAACAGAUUUGGAGUGGUCACAGAGGUGGUAAUGAUCUAUGACGCAGAGAAACAGAGGCCUCGAGCUGUUCUGUCCCAACACCCUGCUGCUCUGUUGACUUUUGGUCGUUGGCUAGGUUUUGGAUUUAUUACUUUCGAGGCCGAACAAUCAGUGGACCAGGCUGUCAACAUGCAUUUUCACGACAUCAUGGGCAAAAAAGUUGAAGUGAAGAAGGCGGAGCCACGGGACAGCAAAGCUCCCGCCCCCGGACAGCUGGGAGCCAAUCAGUGGGCCCCCCGAGCCAUCUUAAGCGCAGCCAAUGGCUGGGCAGCACAACCGGCUCCGAGCUGGCAGCAGAGCUACGGGCCUCAGGGUGUUUGGGUGUCUACAGGUCAACCUCUUGCUGGUUAUGGACCUCCUUUACCUGCUGGCCGUGGGGCACCCGCACAACCUCCUUCUCCAUUUAAUGCAUUUCUAGUUGCAGCACCACCUACAGGGGGAUUUGGGGCACCUCAGGGAUACCCCCAGCAGGGCUUUAGCACGCAACCUCAGUUUGGAUAUAGCUUUGGAACACCUCAAGGUGACCAGUUUGUAGCACAGGGAAUGCCUCCCCCUCCCGCCACACCGGGAGCAGGCCCUUUAGGUUUUGCCCCGGCGACGACUCCCUCUCAGGACCUGAGCAAAGCCACCCCAGCACAACCAGAUUUCUCCUACAGCCAGUAUGGCUUGGGUAACUAUCCUCAGGACCCCUCUGCCUACGGACCAACGCGUCCUUCUCACACUUAUGUACAGGAAGAGCAGGGAUAUAGUGCAGGUUAUGGGCAGGACCUGAGUGCUUUUGGGCAUAGCUUUGCAGACCCCAGCCAGCAAACUGCCUCGUACGCCGCAGCCCCCUCCGCACCCUCGUCAGGAGCCCAGCCGGCCGCCAGCAGCUUCGGACGAGGACAGAACCACAAUGUACAGGGCUUCCACCCCUACCGGCGCUGAGCUGCUCUCCCACCCCCAAUGCAAUACACAUCGUCAGGGAUACAGACGUUUUGAGCACGAGAACUGGAUUCGGGAGAAAAUAAAAGGGGUUUUAUUGUGUGUAAAUUGUGAACAGGGGCUCUACUCCGAUAAUAGGAGACCACCGUACUCUUCUAUAUUUUGUAGUAGGACUGAACUACUGAAGUAUUUAGCAAUAGAUUCGGAUUGUCUGGUCAAACAUCAGCACAGAACAGACGCACCAGACGUCAGCGACAGGGUCUCCCAAUUAUUCAGCUUUAACUAUAUUAGCGGGGAAAUGUUUUUAUUUUCAAUUUUGUGAAUUUUGUUUACUCUAUGAGCCUUUUACCAUUUUAUUUAAGUUUGAAAUAGAUUACAAAUGUGUAUUAUACACCUAAACUGUGCAAUUUUUUAAAGAAUUUUGUACUAAUAUAUGUGCGCUUUUCUUGUUUUUUUAUUUAAGGAUGUAGACUUCCCUCAGGUGGCUGUUAGUGCACUUUGCACUUAUGCAAAAAAGAAAAAAAAACACAAAAAUGAGAGUUUAUUUGAAAUAAAUGAUUUAAAUAAAACGUCUUGUGCAGAUUCAUUGA